AUGGAUCAGACCACCUCUGGUCUCACAGAGGCCAAGAACAAGAAGAUCGAGCCUGCCACUGAUCGAUCAGCAAUUACCAAGGCCAACUCCACAGAAUCUCCCAAAGACCAGAAGAAGCAUUGCAAGAAGCAUGCUGCUUCUCCCUCCAAACGCAAGCUGAAACACUCCUCCAAGCCCAAGAAGUCAGACUCCAGCGAAACCAGCUCAAGUUCAUGCUCUGAAUCAUCUGAUCCGUCCUCUACCAGUGACUCCUCCACUGACUCGGAGAACGACUCCUCCACUGACUCCACUGCCGAGAGGAAGAAGCUCAAAGCUAAAAAAUUGAAGGCGAAGCUCAAGGCGCAGGCUAAAAUGAAGAAACAGAAGAAGGCAAGAAAGAGGGCCGCUGCCAAGGCUGCAGCACUAGCAGAAGAGGAAGAGGAGGACUCGUCUUAUACUGACAGCGAAUCCGAGGAAGAGCUCCUGCAAAAUGUUAAACCCUCUAGAACCAAGCCUGCAAAGAGAACGGCGAAGAAGGCGAGAGAUAAUGAGGACUCUGACCACGUCGAGUACGAAGAGGACCCUAACUCGGCCAGAUUGAGAGCCAUGAAGACCCAACUGCACGACCUUCGAUUCGUCCAGCCAGGGUCGGGCGUGCCUGUUAGCCACCUUGCUCACCGGGGUCAGAUCAUCCCUCCUGUCACUCGCUCAGACAAUUACACAAUCAGCAAGCGAAGAUCUGGUCUCGAAGAGCGGGCUCUGGUAAAAGAAACAAAACCACCAAAGCACAAGAUUGCCAAACGUGCAUCUAAGGUUGCUUACAAGCGUGUGGAUCAGCUCUGGGAUCAGGGAAUCCAUAACUUCAAGCUCACCGAGACCGCGAAGAACACGGGAGAGGCUGUUUGGGACCAGUAUAUUUUCACAGUCCGUCGCAAGUUUGACUGGGAGCAGAAAUACCAGGGCACCGUUGUUGAUAUCAAGUCAACACCUUUGAAAGACUCUCUUCACCAUAUUAUGGCGGGUGUCAAGGGUGUCAGCUUGGUUGGUGAGACCCUCCACAUGGAUCCCAACAUGCUAUUCCUUUACUUGGAAGAAAUGAGAAAUUAUGUCGAUAUUCUAGAACAAUCUGCUUCAACACGAAAGCGCAAGGAACGAAAGGCGCUGGCCACCCAGAUACAACACCUUCGGGUUAUGGUUCGCUAUCUCGACAAGGACUUUGCCGAGACCAAGAGAAACCUAUACCCUAUGUUGGAGAACAACCAGAUUACAUUUGAUCUUCUAUGGGCGUUGUACAAACCCAAUACGAUUGCGUAUUGCUCAACCUAUGGAGAUUCAGAUGAAGGUCGCGCCUUCAAAAUCGACUUUGCAACAAAAGACCAGAACUUCAUGAAGGGCGUUUGGUACAAUGUCGAAGGAAGAUACCUCGAAUAUGACGGCAAGUCAUUUGGUAUGGGAACAUUGCAUAACGAAGUCCAAGCUUUCCAGGGUGUGCGCAAGAUUUCAUCCUUGGAAUGUUUUCCACUUCAAUAUCACAGAGAUCCUAAAAAGAUUCGUGAGCAACUCAUUGAACGUGGCAAGAAGUUUGUGCAACUUCAAGGUAUGAACCAUCGCUAUCACAAGGGCAUGGCCUAUGCCAAGCGCAAGAAGCAGGUAUUGAAGAUCAACAUUGACGGCAGAAUUAUGGUUGACCCGGCAAUCCAUCGUCGUAUCAACCCCAAUUAUCCUGUCAGCACCGUCAAAAAGAAUUCUCUUGAAGGAAACAAUGGCGAUGACUCUGACGCCGAAUGUGGAUGUGGAGAUGAUAGUAGCUCUGAUGAUGGAGUCAAUAAUCAGAAUACCCCAUCUGAGGACACAAUUCAAGAGAGAAAGCGUUUCAAGGCAGUCAAAAUGCCUAAUGGGCAAACAGCAAUCAUCUUAGUCAGCUCCAAGGACGAUCCUGACGCUGAUGCUCUUGAUGAAUCUCGUGCCAUCCAGCCACAAGAAAGUCAUGAGUUUUCUGAAGAAGAACUGUUGCUUGCAAGCCCUGUGGUGCUUGGAUUUGCCUUUGGCGAGAAGUUAUGGCUCGAAUUUACUGUUUCUGGCAUCUCCGACAUCGUCUACAAUGAUGAGGCUUUUGAUACUCUCGUCCUUCCUGAAAAUCAAAAGGAUAUUAUCAAAGCCCUGGUAUCAUCCCACGCCUUCCACGCCCACAAGAGUAUUGAUGAUAUUAUCUCCGGCAAAGGUCGCGGCCUGGUUGCCGUACUUCAUGGCAGGCCGGGCACCGGGAAGACACUUACAGCUGAAGGAAUUGCCGAUCUCUUGAAAUGCCCGCUCUACAUGGUCUCCGCCGGUGAUCUCGGAACCGAUCCUACCAGAUUGGAAAAGGAAUUGCAGAAUAUUCUUGAUAUUGCACACAGUUGGGGUGCAAUUUUGUUGCUUGAUGAAGCAGAUGUCUUCUUAGAACAACGUUCGAUUCAUGAUAUUCAUCGGAAUGCCCUGGUUAGUAUCUUCCUACGAUUACUGGAAUACUUUCAAGGGAUUUUGUUCUUGACAACCAACCGUGUUGAGACAUUUGAUUCUGCCUUUGUGUCUAGAAUUCAUCUGUCUCUCCGAUUCCAGGACUUGACGACCAAGGCCAAGCGUACUGUCUGGAAUUUGUUCAUCGACAGAGUUAGAAAACAAGAGGGAAUGGAAGUGGGAAACAUUACUGAAACUGACCUGUCAGAUCUGGCACGCCGAGAUGUUAAUGGUCGACAAAUCAAGAAUCUCGUUAGGGCUGCACAAGCAUUAGCUAUUCAUGAAGAGAAGCCAUUGAGUAUGGUGCACAUUCGACGUGUUAUCGAGGUGGCGGAAAGUUUCGAAAAUGAUCUCAAAGGUGGUACCGGGUUUACUGAUGCUAUGAGGAGUGAGUCUCCGUAUGUUUAG